UGGUUAAAUAAAGGUGAAAUUAAAUAAAUAAAUACAAAAAAUGCAAUAUACUCCCGCACAGCAGGCGGCGCUAGUGCGCCACCGGGGUAGUUAGGAAGUUCCCGAAGUCACCUCGAAGAACAAUACAAUCAGCUGUUCGUUGAUCGAAUCCGCAAAAACAUUCUGACCAAAGCUGUCAUUGUCGACAGGGACAGGCAAAGACCAGUGAAAUGUCAUUCCUCUUUGAUUGGCUCUACAGAGGCUUUAGUGGUGUGCUACAGUUUUUAGGGUUGUACAAAAAAUCAGGAAAGUUGGUUUUCCUGGGGUUGGAUAAUGCUGGUAAAACAACCCUUCUGCAUAUGCUGAAAGAUGACCGACUUGGACAGCAUGUGCCCACGUUGCAUCCAACAUCGGAAGAGUUGACGAUAGCUGGAAUGACAUUCACCACGUUUGAUCUGGGCGGCCACGUACAAGCUAGAAGAGUUUGGAAGAACUACCUGCCGGCUAUCAAUGGAGUUGUCUUUCUGGUUGACUGUGCCGACCACGACCGCCUUACAGAAUCCAAGAUCGAACUUGAUGCCCUGUUAGCAGAUGAGACCAUCCUCUCUGUGCCUGUGCUGGUCCUGGGUAACAAGAUAGACCGUCCUGAAGCCGUCAGUGAAGGGGGACUGAGGCAGGCGUUCGUUCUCGAUGGACAAUGCACUGGAAAGGGUAACGUGUCGGUGAAGGAGCUGCAGGCACGACCUCUGGAGAUUUUCAUGUGCAGUGUCCUGAAGAAGCAGGGCUAUGGAGAUGGCUUCAGGUGGCUGGCACAAUACAUCGACUGACAUCUAGGCAGCGCUUCUUUUACUAAACGGACUCCCAUCUUUCUGGGGGGAAUGAAGAGGAUAAGCUAUCAAAUGAAAUGGCCCAUAUCGUCCACCCCCACACCAUGUGGAAAGAUGUGAAGCUCCCAAUAAUCUGUCAAUUUCAGCAUUAAUUGGUCCAUUUUAAAGGUUUCUAUCUAUGCAAACUUUUAAAAGUGGUUCAUGGUCACAAGAUUCAAGAUGGGUUUGCGUGUAAUACUAAUAAGUCCAUUAGUUAAGUAUAACGUCGACCCGUUCUCUGGCGUGUAAAUUAGAGUAUCCGGUUCUACCCCAACAGAUUUGAUCAUAGCUGCAAUUCAAGCUACAGUAUACGGCAGAUGACCUGUACCAAUGUAGAACCUUUAUAAGGUAUACUGUGAACUUUACAAUUAUUUCUGAAACAUGAAGGACCAAGUAGUUUUAAAUUAAAUAGAUUAUAAAUGAUAAGGAUAUUUAUGUGAAUGGUGGCGGUACAAAUACUUGUACAUAGCAGUCCUACCUAGAAUAAGAUGUUCUUAUCACUAAGAGGACAUGAAAGAGGAUAGAUAGACUGAGCAGGAAUAUUCCAACAGACCCAAGUUCCAAUCGCAUCGAAUAGAACGUCAUCUAAGGUUUAGGGGCGGAGUCCAUUUGACCUGAUUCUAUUUCUAUACAUGGCAUGUAUAUCCCAAAUGGCAGCAUAUUGACUAUAUAGUGCACUACUUCAGAGAACCCAUACUUUCUAUGCCCCCACCCUGGUCAAAAAUAGUGCACUAAAAAGGGAAUAGGGUUCCAACCCUGGUCAAAAGUAGUGCACUAAAUAGGGAAUAGGGUUCCAACCCUGAUCAAAAGUAGUGCACUAAAUAGGGAAUAGGGUUCCAACCCUGAUCAAAAGUAGUGCACUAAAUAGGGAAUAGGGUUGACAUUUGGUACGCGUACCAGGGGUUUGAGAUCAAUUGUAAUGGUCCACGCAGCUAUUGCCUUCAAUGCACUCAGCCAAAGACGUAUGCAAACUAUUUUGCAAGUGACUUUGGGAUGUGUACAUAUAAUAGACCUGGGGGGGGUUGUAGUAGUGAUGUAAUGUUUGUCCUACUACAGUUUAAUGAAUGAAUGGCUAUAGUGCCAUGAUAUGCAGGUACAUUGUAACAGGCCAGAAUAAGAGACCGCCAUUGCCAUCAUUCCAUGGUAUGCAGCAAUAAAGCGGAAUGACCAUCAGUGGCCACUGCAAUGCUAAUCUUAACAAAAAAGGCUAUGCUACUCUACUAACAUAGCCCUGGCAGAGGUUUUUGUUGAAAAAUAUAGAUAUUUGGUCCCUUUUCAAUCAAGUCUGGUUUAAAAUACAUAUAUUGGUCCUUUUUCAAUCAAGUCUGGUUUAAAAAUAGAUAUUUGGGCCCUAUUCGAUCAAGGCUGGUUUAAAAAAUAAAUCCCACUUGCAUGCUUUGAGUGACGUACUACUCAAGGAAACACCAGAUAGCCUGGGCACCAGUUUGAAUAGGGCUCUUGGUCCAUGCCCUUUCCUGUUCGCAGACCUGGGUCGUGUUCAUUAGGCACCAAACGGAUGAAAAUGGACUGAAACGGCACUUGGACAAUGGAAACAAUCAUUUUCGUUUUCAGUUGCAAAAUGUUUUAAAAUGUUUUCCGUUGCAGGCCCUAAAAUGAACACGUCCCAGAUAUUUCUAGUAGAGGUCGACUGAUUAGGAUUUUUCAAUGCCGAUACCGAUUAUUGGAGGACCAAAAAAAAGCCGAAGCCGAUUUUUAUUUAUUUAUUUGUAGUAAUGAUAAUUACAACAAUACUGAAUUAACACUUAUUUUAACUUAAUAUAAUACAUCAAUAAAAUCAAUUUAGCCUCAACUAAAUAAUGAAACAUGUUCAAUUUGGUUUAAAUAAUGCAAAAACAAAGUGUUGGAGAAGAAAGUAAAAGUGCAAUAUGUGCCAUGUAAGAAAGGUUACAUUUAAAGCUGGUGGUUCCUUUUAACAUGAGUCUUCAAUAUUCCCAGGUAAGAAGUUUUAGGUUGUUGUUUUUAUGGGAAUUAUAGGACUAUUUCCCUCUUUUGUAUUUCAUUAACCUUUGACUAUUGGAUGUUCUUAUAGGCACUUUAGCAUUGCCAGUGUAACAGUAUAGCUUCCGACCCUCUCCUCGCUCCUCCCUGGGCUCGAACCAGCAACAGAACGUCAACAGCCACCCUCGAAGCAGCGUUACCCAUGCAGAGCAAGGGGAACAACUACUAGAAGGCUCAGAGCGAGUGACGUUUGAAAUGCUAUUAGUGCGCGUUAACUACCUAG